UGUGAAACCACGUGACACCCCCGGGUCAACCAGAUCUUUCCGGGUGGUCGCCUGAUGGAGCUUGAUGCGAGCCGCAGCCGUUUCAUACUCCAGAGUUGUCUCCUCUACUUCGGGAUGGCACAGAAUCAGAGUGGCUUGAACAAGGAGCUGGGCAUGUCUCAAGCUUUGAUUUUGUGUUUGCAUGUCCAGCAAAGGUUCACCUUCCACCAACAAGCAUGGGCGAAUGAGAGUCUUUCCGAUUGCCAAACAACUUGGUUGCUUACUUUGAGUGAACGCCCCUUUCGACUCGGCCGAGGUAGUAGCAACUUGAUCAUGGCCUUGGGUCUAGAGCCCCCAAGCGGCAAGCUCUUACUGGCAGCCAAGCGAAAGGCCGCUGCCCUAAAUGGGAGUCGACCAGCGCCAGUUCAAUUUGAAGCUGUGAUCAAACCGCCCCCAAGCGUGGAACCUGUGGGCCGCACGGAGAGUUUCAAGAAGCACUUGCUGUGCCAUCUGCCCAAGGACCAAGUUGAGCAUACCAAUCAGCAUGAUGCGCAUGAUGGAGGUGUCAACUGAUCGGGUAUGAAGGUUGGCGCACUGGGAGCAGAAUGGGUGCCAUUCAAUUGUCUCAGAAUGGGAGCAGAAUGUCGCACCAUCAGUGUCCAUGAAGUGAGACGGCCCAACAAUUGACAGACUUCAAGGCCCAGUGUGGUUUUGAUGAGCUUGGCUUGUUUGUGCCACUGGAUUUACAAAGAGGGAUUUCAAAUUGGAUGCUGAUGCGAACUCAUUCAUGUGCAGCUAUGUCCUUCCCCACAGGAGAGGUUGGCUGUGCCGACUCUUACUUUCGGGAACGCGAUUGUUUGAGCCUUUGGGAUGAUUUCGAAUGGCCCUUGCCACCAAAUCAGGCAAGCUUACCAUGAUGCUGUGCAAGGAUAUACUGGGCAUGUCUGGCACUAUUGGGACCCCUAAAC